GAUGGCUGCGUCCGAGGAGCGCGACUGCCCGGCCGAGGCCGCGGGGCCGGUGGUGGAGAAGGCGGAGGGGGAGACGGAGGAGGGCGCUCAGACGUUCAAAGAUCUGGGCGUGACCGACGUCCUGUGCGAGGCCUGCGACCAGCUGGGCUGGACCAAGCCCACCAGGAUCCAGGUGGAAGCCAUCCCUCUCGCCUUGCAAGGCCGGGACGUCAUCGGUUUGGCGGAGACGGGCUCGGGAAAGACGGGCGCCUUCGCGCUGCCCAUCCUGAACGCGCUGCUGGAGACGCCGCGGCGCCUGUUCGCCCUGGUGCUCACCCCCACCCGCGAGCUGGCCUUCCAGAUCGCGGAGCAGUUCGAGGCCCUGGGCUCCUCUAUUGGGGUGCAGUGCGCCGUGAUCGUGGGCGGGAUCGACUCCAUGGCCCAGGCCCUGGCUUUGGCGAAGAAGCCACAUGUGGUCAUCGCCACUCCUGGCCGGCUUAUUGACCACCUGGAGAACACGAAAGGCUUCAACCUGAGGGCACUCAAGUACCUGGUGAUGGACGAGGCGGACCGGAUCCUAAACAUGGACUUCGAGACUGAGGUGGACAAGAUCCUCAAGGUGAUCCCCCGUGACCGGAGAACCUUUCUCUUCUCCGCCACCAUGACCAAGAAGGUGCAGAAGCUGCAGCGAGCGGCGCUGAAGAACCCCGUGAGGUGCGCCGUGUCGUCCAAGUACCACACGGUGGAGAAGCUGCAGCAGUUCUACCUGUUCAUCCCCUCCAAGUUCAAGGACACCUACCUGGUUUACGUCCUCAACGAGCUGGCCGGCAACUCGUUCAUGAUCUUCUGCAGCACGUGCAACAACACGCAGAGAACCGCGCUGCUGCUGCGCAACCUGGGCUUCACCGCCAUCCCGCUGCACGGGCAGAUGAGCCAGACCAAGCGCCUGGGGUCCCUCAAUAAGUUCAAGGCCAAGGCCCGCUCCAUCCUGCUCGCGACCGACGUGGCCAGCAGGGGGCUGGACAUCCCCCACGUGGACGUGGUGGUCAACUUCGACAUCCCCACCCACUCCAAGGAUUACAUCCAUCGCGUGGGCCGGACAGCGAGGGCCGGGCGUUCGGGGAAAGCCAUCACCUUCGUCACGCAGUACGACGUGGAGCUCUUCCAGCGCAUCGAGCACCUGAUCGGGAAGAAGCUGCCCGCCUUCCCCACACAGGAUGAGGAGGUCAUGCUGCUGGCCGAGCGCGUGACCGAGGCGCAGCGGUUUGCCAGGAUGGAGCUGAGGGAGCACGGGGAGAAGAAGAAGCGAGCCCGGGAGGAGGCGGGGGACAACGACGACACGGAGGCUGCCAUUGGCGUCAGGAACAAGGUGGCUGGAGGGAAGAUGAAGAAGCGGAAGGGCCGCUAGAUUCUGGUGGAUUCUGCGCAAGGACUGGGCCCUCAGCAGGCCCUCUGCCCGGUCUCCCAGGACCUGCGUGGGUGCCGGGUACCUGCCCAGCGCCCGUGCGUGGACUCGAGUCGGCGAUCGGCGGCGUCGGUGCCCGGGGCCCGGCUCUGUGCUUGGGCCCCGGCCCAGAGCAUCGCCCCGUCCUGUGCCAACCCCACCGGUACCCGAGGAAUGCGGCGAGCACAGCUCUCCGGCCCUGGGCCUCGUGGGGCCGCGUGGAACAAUAAAUCCCAGCCGUUUCUCCA